UAGGAGCGGCCUAUUGCCAGUUCAUGGACAUGCUCUUCCCAGGCUGUAUUAGUUUGAAGAAAGUAAAAUUCCAAGCCAAGUUGGAGCAUGAGUAUAUUCACAACUUUAAACUUCUCCAAGCGUCCUUUAAACGGAUGAAUGUUGAUAAGGUAAUCCCAGUGGAGAAGCUGGUGAAGGGGCGUUUCCAAGACAACCUGGAUUUUAUUCAGUGGUUUAAGAAAUUCUAUGAUGCUAACUAUGAUGGGAAGGAGUAUGAUCCUGUCGAAGCCCGACAAGGGCAAGAUGCAAUUCCUCCCCCUGACCCUGGUGAACAGAUCUUCAACCUGCCCAAGAAGUCUCACCAUGCAAACUCCCCCACAGCAGGUGCGGCUAAGUCAAGUCCCGCAGCUAAGCCGGGAUCCACACCUUCUCGCCCCUCGUCUGCCAAAAGGGCUUCAUCCAGUGGCUCAGCAUCCAGAUCUGACAAAGAUUUAGAAACACAAGUCAUACAGCUCAACGAGCAGGUACAUUCACUGAAGCUAGCCCUGGAGGGUGUGGAGAAGGAGAGGGAUUUCUACUUCGGGAAGUUGAGAGAGAUUGAGCUGCUGUGCCAAGAACAUGGGCAGGAAAACGACGACCUCGUGCAGCGACUAAUGGAAGUGCUUUACGCUUCCGACGAACAGGAGGGCCAAACAGAAGAGCCGGAAGCAGAGGAGCAAGCCCGUGAGCAGCAGCCCCAGCAGCAGGAAGAGUACUGAACCGUCUCAUCAGCUCUUGACACUUCCAUCGUGCGUGGGGACUUUCCUUCCGGAGAUUGGAACGUGUGUGGCCUGGAGCGAAGUAGAAGCCAGCUGUUCCCAACCUGCUCCCAUCCACAGCGAUCUUGCAUCCGCCAGCCAUUGCUCUUGGUUCCCACUUCCUCUGCCAAGAUGCAUUAGCAGAUGGCCACUCUGGUCAGCUCCCUGCCAGGUCAUAGGGUCACAUACCUUCAACUUCACCUCCUGGCUGCUUGAGACUGGUUCUACUCCUCCCUCAUAACAGUGUCCCGCCCAACACCACCACCACCACCACCAUCACCACCACCACCACCACCCCUUUUUAUCCUGGUGUGAAACAAUGGUAAUUUGAUAUAUGGUAUUUAUAUUGGCAUUUUUCAACCCAGUGUCAGUAGAUGUCACGCGCAUUUGUGGUGCUUUGAUGUUUUCGAGUCUAACCUCUCAUAAAUUUGGUCAGAUAAUUAAUUGGAACAAAGGGAAACAGAUAUUUGAUAUGAAAGCCAUAUGACAGUAGCUUGUGUCAUGGGGAAAACAGUUUCUCCCUCUACUCACAACACUAAAGGGAAAAAAAAUGGAUUCAGAACUAUGACUUCAGGGCCCAGCAGUGUUGAUAGAACAGCAUAUUAGACCACCACACAGUCGUUAGUUUUCAGACAUUCGCUCACAGACAAUACCAUCUCAGCUUUGCCCUUACUCCGUGUGUCCCCACCCUCCUUCCCCCCAGGUUCUCCUGUUAUUUUCUUUCUCAGGGUCCUUUCUUUGGUGGGGGUCCACUCCCCGAAAGAUGUUGUCAUUGGCAGUCUGCAGUUGCAAAGGUGGGUAAGGGUGGUCUCAGAAGGCACGAGGCUUCCUGCCUCUUCCCUCUUCCUCCUUGUAAGGGCUUCAACCCAAGUCCUCCAAUUCACAUUAAGGAAUCCAUACUAAAGGAAAACUUGAGGGAGGUACCCUACACGCCAGCCUCCUGCACCGCGUCAGUGCUGGCUGCCAAGGUUGGAAGCGAAGACUUGAUUGAUAGCAUGGUUUCAAGAGAGAAGUGUAGCCACACACAAAACCACCCAUGACUCCCGUCACCUUCUGGAGUAAGGACUCCACCCUCUGCCACAAGGGGCCCUCCUUGUCACUGUCAUUUGCUAAACCAUGGCAAUUCAUAAACGGGAAACAUUAGUGAAUUGAAAGCAUUCCUUGUUUUUUAAACUAAUAUUUGCACAUUUUCUUAGUCUCCUUCCUGAUGGUCACCUGUCCUCCCCUUUUGACAGAUGGAAUUCUUUCCUAACUCCUUCCAUUUUAUUUGAUUUUAGAUUUAGGUUUGCUGUCUCUGGCCAUAUGGCCAGCAAGUGCAGAGAAAUGAGAAACAAAUGUGCCCACCCCACCUUCCACUUAAAAGAGAAAAAAAAUCUCAAAAUAAAUUUCUGAAUUAUGCAUCAUAAAGCUUCGAAAUUUCUUUAUUAAUUGAUGGGAUACCUUAAAUUCUAGCGUUGAAGCUUCACAACAAGAGAAAGCUUUCCAAAAUAAACCUUCACAGCAGCGUUGUGUGUAACUGAGGUCCAUGUGGCAAAGAUGGCUUGUAUUUCUGAAAUGAUCACAACACGCUGUGCAGACGUGAACAGAUGUUCCAUGGUGUUUGGUUCUCCUUCCUUCUCUCUCCUGCUCAUUCAGCCCGUCAGCGCAUCUCUCUGAGGCUGGGAAGCCUCUCCCCUCGCAGUGACGUCCUCCCAUGCCUGGCCGAGGUAGUGGCUGUGCUCCACAGAGCAUCAGGCAUCAUGAUGCUUUCCUGAGCCUUUUUUAGUCACUCACUUUGUUUUUGGUUUUUUAAUAGCUAUUAUAAAGAGGUACAAUAAGCAGCUAUUCACAGAUACCUGGGUGGUUCCUGUACCUGCCCAGGACAUCUUAAUACCCAGGGAUGGGGGAUUCAUGGCCACACUCCUGUGAAUGGGUACCAGGGAGUCAGGAUCUUUCUUCUCCCAAUACCUCUUGCUGGAAGCACUCUGUUCCUCCACCUCCCUGCACUACUAAGCUGGAGACCUACUGGCUACAUGUCUGAAAAGAAUGUCACCCUGGCUAGUGUACUCCAUCUUCCUUCCUAGUGGCUCAGGCCAGGCCAUUCAUCCAUUUUAGAGAGAAGCCGUACCUCCUGUGUCCAUCUUAAAUAUCUUGUGAAGUGCUAUGUCCCGGAUGGUGCCAUGGAUGUUUUGGGGGAAUCCUUUGCAGCUAUUUCCACCCCUGACUCUGGGCAUCCACCAUUCGUGGAUGGCAGAACAUAUUCAUUCUCUUAUCUUGGCAUUCAGGCACACAGUCCUCUAAGCUCCAGCUCAGCCACAGAACAUCACAUUGGUCCAGAGGCAACCCAGCAUGGGUCCCUGCUCCUCCCUCUCAAGAAGUUGAUUUUUGCCUCAGUUUGCCCACACCCACUGUUGGCCGUAAGUGCUUCCAUUACCACUGUCAGAUUGGAAGUGAUUGAAGCAAGGGAUGAAGAGAAAGCUCCCAUUCUAAGUAGAGAAGCAGGAAAACAAUGUUCAAAUUCAAACACCCUGUUGAACUGAGAGAAGUAAAUUCCAGAAGGGAACCAAGAUUUCCUCCCUUUGCUGGUGAGUGUUUCCAUUAUUCCGUUAAGGUUUAAUAUGCAUUCAAAUUACUUUUACUAAACAGUACACCAUAAAGCUUUUGUUAUAUAUUAAAUGUAAACUGAAAGGAAUGUACACAUAUGUAUUGUUAAUUAUAAAUAUCGAUAAGUAAUGGCAUAGUAGAUGAAGAGGUCUUAUUCAGAUGCAUCACGUUCAUUUGACAUUACCCACCUAUUGUCGCAUGGUAGGAUAGCUUUUUGUCUCUGAAUAUGUGAAUAACUUGACUUGCGUUGAUCUUUUUACAUAUUUAAUAAAAAAAAAUAUAUGUUAAAAUCUG